AUGUUGGACAAUGCGCUUGUGUUAAUUAUUGUGUGUGUUUUUACAUUUCUGUGUUGGAAAAUAAUACAAAAGGAACCCAACGCGAUCCAGUUUAAUUAUAAAUUUGCAUUAUACUACAUACAUUGCUCUCUAGUCGGUUUUUUUAUAUGGCCCGUAUUUUUAUUCAAUUUAAAAGAUACAAAAAAUGCAAGAAUAGGUGCUGGACUGUUAAAACCAGUAACCAAAAUUAUUGGCAUAAAAUGGAGUUUUCGAAACGAAAACGUAAUAAGAGAAGAGAGAGGAGCAGUUGUAGUAUCCAACCACCAAUCAUCACUUGAUAUUUUAGGAAUGUUCCAGCUGUGGCAUAUAGCAAAAAAUAUGACAGCUAUAGCGAAAAAGGAAAUAUUUUAUGUGUGGCCAUUUGGACUGGCUGCUUACCUCGCAGGAGUGGUGUUCAUUGAUAGAUCAAAAACUAAAUAUGCAUACGACGCCCUGAAAGUGACGUCGGAUGUCAUGGUUAACAAGAAGACCAAAAUUUGGCUGUUUCCUGAAGGGACAAGAAACAAAGAUUAUUCAGGCAUGUUGCCAUUUAAAAAAGGAGCAUUCAAUAUGGCCGUAGCAGCUCAAGUCCCAAUAAUACCUGCAGUUUUUUCGCCUUACUAUUUCAUUAAUAAAAAGAAACAUAUAUUUAACAAAGGUCAUGUGAUAAUUCAAUUCCUGGAUCCAGAACCAACGACAGGUCUGACCAUGGAAGACGUCCCAGACCUCAUUGAAAAAAUUCACACAAAAAUGAUGGCGGUAUAUAAAGACCUCGAAAAGGAAAUAAUUAACGACUUGCCAGCUGACUAUCCUUACACGCUAAAAGGAUAA